AUGUCUACAUACUCCUUCUACCAGGCCACCGUCCCUCAACUUCGCGGCACUGCCAAGAGCGCCGUCAGCUUCCUCACAGCAGCCAAAGAUGAGCAGUCAAAGAACACCUCGCUGCCCUCUGACGCAGACGUACUGAACGCACAGAUCGGUGACAUGCUUCCCCUACGCAUGCAACCCAUUCUCGUCGCCAAGUUCUCUCUCGAAGGCAUCGACCAGCACAAGCUCAGCUCGGCUUCUUCCCCGAGCAUGGACCCUUCUUCCUUCUCGUCCAUUGACGAUCUCAUCAACUUCUUCAAGCAGCUCAUUGCUGUCUAUGAUGCUGUUGAUGAGAAGGCUUUCAACGAGAGUGCCGACAAGGGCCUCGAAGUCAGUGUUGCUGGCAAGUCACUGAAGAUGACUAGCACGGCUGAUUUCUACAACAGCUUUGCUGUACCGAACGGUUACUUCCACCUGAACGCCAUGUACAUGCUGUUGAGAAGCAAGGGUUUCACUCUUGGCAAGGGAACCUACGUCAAACCUUUCUUCAGCGAGCAGGCUGCUAAGGACUGGGCGCCACUCAUGGGUUAG